GGAUCCACCUCCAGUCGCGGAAGUCUUGUCUGCAGCGGGAUGGCGUCGCCUGAACGCUGCCCACUCUGUCGCCAGACCUUCUUUUGCGGUCGCGGACAUGUCUACAGUCGCAAGCACCAGCGGCAGCUGAAGAUGGCUUUGGAACGGCUACUACCUCAGGUGGAGGCUGCCCGCAAGGCCAUCCGAGCCGCCCAGGUGGAGCGUUUCGUGCCGGAGCAUGAGCGCCGCUGCUGGUGCCUCUGCUGCGGCUGUGAGGUGCGCAAACACCUGAGCCAUGGCAACGUCACGGUGCUGCACGGGGGGCUGCUGGAACACCUGGCCAGCCCAGAACACAAGAAAGCAACCAACAGGUUCUGGUGGGAGAACAAGCCGGAGUCACAGAUGAAGGAGAAGUUUCUGAUCUCUCCCAAAGAUUAUGCACGAUUCAAGAAAGCCAUGAUAAAAGGUUUGAAUUCCUAUGAGGAAAAAGAGGACAAAGUGAUCAAAGAAAUGGCUGCUCAGAUCCGAGAGGUGGAGCAGAGCCGGCAAGAGGUGGUUCAUUCUGCCCUAGAGCCUCAGGCAGUGCCAGACCAAGAAGAGGGCUCUUCAGCAUCUGGAAGCUGGAAUGGGACCAAUAGCCAAGUAGCUUCUGUCUCACAGCAGCCCUUGUAUUUAGACCUGCCACCAGCCCCAGAACUUGAUUGGAUGGGGACGGGACAGCCAUUGACAUUCAUUGGUCAUCAGGAUAUACCAGGAGUUGGCAACAUUCACUCAGGUGCCACACCUCCCUGGAUGGUCCAUGAGGAGCACAGCUGUGGGAACCAACAAAUAGGACCCUCCUAUGAAGAAUUUCUCAAAGAAAAAGAAAAACAGAAAUUGAAAAAGCUUCCUGCAGGAAGAGUUGGGGCAAACUUUGAUCACAGCUCCAGUACCAGUGCUGGAUGGCUGCCCUCUUUUGGUCGAGUGUGGAAUAAUGGACGUCGCUGGCAAUCCAGGGAUCAAUUCAAAACAGAAGCUGCAGCAACAAACAGUCACAAUGGAAGAAAAAGGAAAAAAGCUGGUCUCCUGAUAAACCAAUAAAGUUGCACUUGG